AUGGCGGCUCCGUACCCGGUCAGUGAGGAAGUGGGGCCAAAGGCUGCCGUGUGCGAGGAGGUCGAGACCCGCCCCAGCAAGCUGGGCGUGUGCGAGGAGGUCGAGACCCGCAAGCUGGGCAUGUCCAAGCCCCUCGACCUCUCCGCCUUCUCCUGGCUGCAGUGGUCGCCGCCCGCAGACUCCAAGUGCGGCCAGACUCUCUCCCGCUGCUUCCCCGGCGCCCUUCCCGGCCCGGCGGUGGUCGCUCGCACCAAGCUGCUCGAGAAGAUGUACGGGAUGACGCCGGAGAACACCAUCUAUGGGCAGUCCAUCUGUCCGGACGAGAUCAACAAUGAGAAGGGCGACCUGGCGACGCUGAUGGCGGACCACUGGGGCGAGUGCUUCCCGAUGGGUGGCAUCGGCGGCGCACCGUUCGUCGGCAAGACCGGCUUCGGCGCCUUCUCGCACCACGUGCCAGAUGACGGCCACAUCGUCAUUCUGUUUGGCCCGCACAUCGCCAUCUCGGACGGAGGCGAGCUGGGAAAGUACCUGCGAGAGGGGCAGGUGCACGAGUCGACCGCAUGUGGGGCUGUGCUUGGCGCGUACGCCGCCUGCAAGUGCGGCCAGGCGGGCGAGUUUGACGAGAUGGAUAUGCAGCAGUCGUGGCUGAAACAGCAGGUCAACCGCCGCUACGUCGAGAUCAAAUCCGCGGACGACCAGCUACUUGCGCUGAUCCGUGUCGCAUACGAGGCGGUCAAGGAGAAGCUCCUCGGCAUCAUCAACACCGACUUCGGCAGCGGCAAGCUCAUCCUGAUCGGCGGCAUCCAGCUCAACAUGCCCAAGCCGUGGGAGGAUCACUUCCAGCCGCUCUACUACAAGGUGCACCAGAAGGGGGUCGAUCCCGUCGACAUCCUCGACGACAUGUGCUCCUUUUAA